AUGCGACGGGACGGGGCGGUCCUGCUGGGCCUGUGCCUGGGCCUCCUGCGGCCGGGCCGGGGCCAGCCCCUGCAGGUGGAGCCCCCGGAGCCGGUGGUGGCUGUGGCCCUGGGCGCGUCGCUGCGGCUCACCUGCCGCCUGGCCUGCGCGGGCUCCGGGACGGCGGCGGUGCAGUGGCGGGGCCUGGACACCAGCCUGGGCGCGGUGCAGUCGGACGCGGGCCGCAGCGUGCUCACCGUGCCCAACGCCUCGCUGUCGGCCGCGGGCCCCCGCGUGUGCGUGGGCUCCUGCGGGGACCACACCUUCCAGAAGACCGUGCGGCUCCUGGUGUACGCCUUCCCGGACCAGCUGAGCGUCUCCCCUGCCACCCUGGUGCCUGGCGUGGACCAGGAGGUGGCCUGCACGGCCCACAAGGUCACGCCUGUGGGCCCUGACACCCUCUCCUUCUCCCUGCUCCUGGGGGACCGGGCGCUGGAGGGGGUGCGGACUCUGGGCCCCCCUGAGGUGGAGGAGGAGGAGCCCCAGGAGGACGAGGACCCGCUGUUCCAUGUGACCGAGCGCUGGCUGCUGCCCCCACUGGGCACCCCCACCCCGCCUGCCCUGCACUGCCAGGCCACCAUGAGGCUUCCCGGCGUGGAGCUCAGCCACAGCCGGCCCAUUCCAGUCCUGCACAGCCUGACCUCUCCUGCGCUGCCCGGCACGACCUCCCCACAGCCCCCCAGCCUGACCUCCCCAGAGCCCCUCAACGCGACCUCCCUGGGGCCACCCGAUGUGACCUCCCCGGAGCCCCCUGACACGACCUCCCCGGAGCCCCCUGACGUGACCUCCCCGGGGGCACCCCGGAAGCAGGGCUCCAUGGGGACUUGCUGCUCUGAGAUCCACCAGGCUGUGCCCACAGAGGCAGGAGUGGCCCCCAAAAGCUCGCCCAGCCCAGGGCCUGCCCAGCUGCCCACGGACUUGUGGAUGGGCAGCGUGGUGCUGGCCCUGCUGCUCCUGUCCUUCCUUGCCUAUCGCCUGCGGAAACGCUGCGCUGCCCGGACCCCGGCUGAGGACCACAGCCACCCGCCAGCGUCUCCGAGGCUCCCCUCCGAGUCAGUCUGGGCCGGAUGAAGGGGACCCACGGGACAGAGCAGCCCCUCCUGA